UGACGGACAGCGGAGGAGGCGCGGGACUGGUUGCUAGCCGCCGGCUCUCCGGCUCGACCGUGCUUCAUUGUUGCCCACCGCCCAGGCCGCGCCAGGCCCGGGGGUCCAGGUCGGUCCUGCUGCUUCAACAUCCGCGCCCGCCAAGCCGCGUCCCCGGGCCCCCGCCCCAGGCCCGGCCCACGCAGGGCCAGCCUGGUCUACCAUGAGAGGUUCAAGGACCACCAGCAAUGCCGAGGGCAGCCCAGAAGAUAGAGACCUGAGUCUGAUCGGCCUCCCACCACCCAUGUCCUGGCGCCCCAGCAGUGCCUCCUCUAACAGGCCCAUUAUGCGCUCCAUCUCCGUGGCCACAGGCAGUGAGCCGAGGAAGAAGAUGCUGGAAGCCACAGGCCCUGGGGGCUCCCGGGCUAUCAACAACCUUCGAAGAUCUAACAGCACCACACAGGUCAACCAGUCAUGGAUCAGCUCCCCCAGGCCAGCAGAGCCCACUGACUUCCUGACGCCCUUUGAGGGCAGCACCAGUGGGAGAAGGAGGGUGGCCAGUCUGAGCAAGGCGUCCGGCGAGAAGGGAGCCACAUGGAACGUCCUGGAUGACCAGCCAAGGGGCUUGGCCGUGCCAGCCAGUGUGCAGAGCCCCAGUGCCCAGGACUGUGCCUUGGGCCUGCGAAGGAAGGACUGUACCCUGGCACCCAGCUUCACGGCUAACAACAGGAGCAACAAAGGAGCCAUGGGCAACUGUGUGACCACCAUGGUCCAUAAUCACUACGCCUCCUCAAAGAAGGCACCACCUCCCAAGAGCUCCAACCAGACAGCUUCCUCCCUCAACAACAUCAUCAAGGCAGCAGCCCGUGAGGGCAGCGAGGGCAGUGACUUUGGGAAGCUCCGGAAGAACUUCUCCAGUGGCAACCACUCAGCUUCAGUCACCACUGAAGGGAGCACCGCUGGCCUGCUCAGGCGGAAGGAGGUGACCGAGGAGGAGGCUGAAAGGUUUAUCCACCAGGUAAACCAGGCAGCAAUCACCAUCCAACGCUGGUACCGCCGCCAGGUACAGAGGCGCCGAGCAGGAGCAGCAAGCCUCGAGCACCUGCUGGCAUCCAAGCGAGAGGAACAGCGGCAGCGGCUAGGCAGUGGGAACCUUCUGGACCUGCACUGGCAGGAGGACAUGGCAAGGAAGAGGGCCCGGGAGGAGAAGGCUCGCCAGGCCAGGCAGGCAGCCAUUCAGGAACUGCAGCAGAAACGAGCCCAGAAGGCAGGCGAGGCUGAGCACAGGCUGCCCAAGGAUAGUUCACAGACCAGAGCGCUACGGCAGCCUCGACCCACCCAGGAGCUACCCUUGAUGCCAGGCAGUGUCACUCACCAGGCCCUCAAGGCCAACAAUGCUGGUGACAGCAUCCAUCCCACCAGCCCUGGACACCCCUGCCCUCCUGCCUCUGAAUCAUCCCCAGAGCCCCAGCAGCCUUCAGAAGACAAGCCACAGGGCAUCUGUUCCCAGGAUGUGGCCAGAGAGGACAUAGAAAUACUGGGCCCCACUAGGAGCAAGCUCAGGGCCAGAGUGACUCUGGAUGAGCUGCUGGACACACUGAAGCUACUGGAAGAGGAGCCCGAGCCACUGCCCUGCCCCAAGGCCUAUCACAAGGAGAGAUACGCCUGUACUAGUGAGGAUGCCAACUCCCUGACAGCUGACAACCUGGAGAAGUUUGGGAAACUCAGUGCACCCCCUGGACCCACUGAUGAUGGGACUCUGCUAUCAGAGGCCAAGCUGCAGAGCAUCAUGAGUUUCCUGGACGAGAUGGAGAAGUCAGGGCAGGACCAGCUGGCACCCCAGCGGGAGGGCCUGGUGCUGGAGGUGGGUCGGAGGCCCCUGGAGUUGGGAUCUGAGGGGAGCACAUCCAUGAUGCGUCUGAAGCUGGAGGUGGAGGAGAAGAAGCAGGCCAUGGUGCUGCUUCAGCGAGCACUGGCACAACAGCGUGACCUCACCAUCCGGCGGGUCAAGGAGACAGAGAAGGAGCUGAGCCGACAGCUGCAGCAGCAGAAGGAACACUACGAGGCCACCAUCCAGCGACACUUGUCAUUCAUUGACCAGCUGAUUGAAGACAAGAAGGUUCUGAGUGAGAAGUGUGAGGCAGUCGUCACCGAGCUGAAGCAAGGUGACCAGCGGUGUCGGGAGCGCGUGGCCCAGAUGCAAGAGCAGCAUGACCUGGAGAUUAGGAAACUCAAAGAGCUCAUGAGUGCCACCGAGAAGGUCCGCCGUGAGAAGUGGAUCAACGAGAAAACAAAAAAGAUCAAGGAGAUCACUGUGAGAGGUCUGGAGCCCGAGAUCCAGAAGCUCAUUGCUAAGCACAAGCAAGAGGUGAGGAGGCUCAGGGGCCUGCACGAGGCUGAGCUGCAGCAGCGCGACGAGCAGGCUGCACAGCGCCACCUGCGCCAGGCAGAGGAACUGCGGGAGCAUCUCGAGCGGGAGAAGGAGGCGCUGGGGCAGAAGGAGCGUGAGCGGGCCCAGCAGAGAUUUGAGCAGCACCUGGAGCAGGAGCAGCAGGCCCUGGAGCAGCAGCGCCGGCGGCUCUACAGCGAGGUGGCUGAGGAGAAGGAACGGCUGGGCCGGCAGGCAGCCAGGUGCCACCCAGGGCCGCUUGCCCCUUCUCAGAGUGACCCUUUGCCUGCCCCAACCUCUCACACAGUGACCCCCUUCUCCCUGACCUUGCUGGUCUGCAGGCAGCGGGCAGAGCUGGAAGAGCUGCGGCAGCAGCUAGAGGAGAGCAGUGCAGCUCUGACCCAAGCCCUGAGAGCAGAGUUCGAGAGGAGCCGGGAGGAGCAGGAGCGGAGGCACCAGAUGGAGCUGAAGGCCCUGAAGGACCAGCUGGAAGCUGAGAGACAGGCGUGGGUGGCCAGCUGCGCCAAGAAGGAGGAAGCGUGGCUGCUGAACAGGGAACGUGAGCUGAAGGAGGAGAUCCGCAAAGGCCGGGACCAGGAGAUCGAGCUGGUCAUCCACCGUCUGGAGGCCGACAUGACGCUGGCCAAGGAAGAGAGUGAGAGGGCUGCUGAGAGCCGUGUGAAGCGUAUUCGGGACAAGUAUGAGGUGGAGCUCUCCGAGCUGGAGCAAUCGGAGCGGAAGUUACAAGAACGCUGCACAGAGCUGAAAGGACGCCUGGGGGAGGCAGAGGAGGAAGAGGCACGUUUGCAGUCCCUGGUCUGGCAGAAGGAGAAGGAACUGGAGGAAGUGCGGGUGGUAAACACACAACUGUGCAGCGAGCGAGGCAACCUGGCCCAGGUGGUCCGCCAGGAGUUUGCAGACCAGCUGGCAGCCUCUGAGGAGGAGAAUCAGAGGGUGAGAGCAGAGCUGACUGAGCUGCGGGCCCGUCAGCAGCUGGAGCUGGACGAGGUCCAUGAGAGGGUGAAGAUGGCCCUGGCGAGGAAGGAGGAGGCCGUGAGCAGUCUCCGGAAACAGCAUGAGGCUGCUGUGAAGCGGGCCAACCACCUAGAGGAGCUGCUGGAGCAGCACAGGAGACCUCUGCACGUUAAGUGACAGCACCUUUGGGGUGGAAAUCCAAGCCUGAGAUGGACGCUGAGCUCUGCAACUGAGCCCAGGUCACAGACCUCCAAGACACAGGGCCAAGAGUAGGGUACCAGCUGGCGUAAGGGGCACCCCUCAUGGGGCCCCAGUGCUCAGGACAGCACUGUCGGCAUGCCUGGGGCUGUUUUAUAGUAAAAGAUGGUUUUUUAGCG